GAAAACUUACUAUCAUCACUCCAAUUCAUCAUGUCAACUCCUCGUGUAUGGCUCAUUACUGGCACUUCAUCUGGUCUCGGAAGAGCACUCGUUGAAACUAUCCUUGCAAAGGGAGAAACCGUUGUUGCUACUCUCCGCAAGCCAGAAGUUCUUAAAGACCUCUCUGACAAGUAUGACCAAUCAAAGCUUCUCGUUCUUAAGCUUGAUGUCACGAAUAGUCAAGACAUUGACGACGUUUUCAGUAAGAUAAAGGAAGUCUACAAUAGACUUGAUGUCAUCGUUAAUAACGCUGGUAGAGGUAUUGUUGGUGAAUUUGAAGCUACCACCAAAGAAGACGGCAAGUCACUAUUCGAUAUUAACUUCUGGGGGCCAGUCGAAAUUACCAAGAAGGCUAUUGAAUUCUUCAGAUCGGUCAACAAGCCAAGUGGUGGUCGUAUUCUUAAUAUCGCUUCGAUGGCUGGAUACAACGCUGGUCCAGGUAUGGCGAUUUACAGUGCAACAAAGCAUGCACUCGUAGGCGUCUCAGAAUCGAUUGCUAGAGAGCUUGAUCCAACCUGGAAUAUCAAGAUAACUACAAUUGGACCAGGUGGAUUCAGAACUAAGGCUUUAGACAAUGUCACCUCUUUGCCACCACACCCAGAAUAUACUGAACCAUCUCUUAUCACCAACCUCAUCAGACAAUAUCUCCCAGUAGUCCCACUUCCCGGCGAUGCUACAAAGGGAGCUGAGGCCAUAUAUACCAUUUCAAAUGUGGAAAAUCCGCCAGCAAACCUCAUUCUUGGUGCCGAUGCUAGAGAGCAGGUCCAAGAGAGAAUAAACAACCUUACAAAGGAGCUUGAAGCUUACGAGGAUUUGUCCGCCUCAACAGCGUACACCGAAUAAAUACAUGUAAAUAAAUGAUUUAUUACGAAUAUUUGUGUUUGUUAAGCACCUUCGUUUCUACGACAUCCUUAGACACAGUGAUUGUCUUGAAUUUAC